AUGGGAAGCAGCGACCUAGAAGACGGCCAGAGGCCCUCUACAAAGAAGCGUCUCGUGCCGGGAACAAAGCGCAGGCAUUCACAAUCCCCCGACCGCAACGGCAAUGGCAGCAGCAGCACCCACCGCCGCAACCCAGAGUACGAAGAGCUGCCUCAGCCCUUCGACGCAAAGAAGCUCGAGCCUGCCAAGAAGCGACAGCGCUCCACCUCCCCCCAGCCGCGCAAGCAGAAGAAGCCCGGCCGCGUGGCCAGGCUGUCCGACAGAGAGCGCGAGGAGAUCCGGAGGCGCCAGGAGGAGCGCGACAGGGCUGCCGCCAUGCAGGCCGAGCAGGCCGCCAGAGGCGCCAUCAACGACGUCGUCAGGCAACAUUACAACGCCGUCCCCGAGAGAGGCAGGGACUGGCGCAAGACGGACAGCAACAUCAAGGGCCUCAGGGUCUUCAACAAUUGGAUCAAGAGCUCCAUCAUCCAAAAGUUCUCCCCCGACGAGGACCAUACCCCCGGUGCCCACCAGCAGGGCCGCGACAUGGCUGGUGUCGGUGGCAAGGAGCUGCUCGUCCUCGACAUCGGCUGUGGCAAGGGAGGCGACCUGGGCAAGUGGCAGCAAGCACCCCAGCCUGUCGAGCUGUACGUCGGCCUCGACCCCGCCGACAUCUCCAUUCAGCAGGCCAACGAGAGGUACCGCCAGAUGAGCAGCCGUGGUGGUCGUGGCGGCAGGGGAGGAUUUCGGGGCGGCGGCCGUAACCAGCGCCUUUUCGACGCCUUCUUCUUUGUCAAGGACUGCUACGGCCAGUCCAUCGCCGACAUCGACGUCAUACGACAGGUCGGCUUCGACUCGUCCAUGGGCUCCCGCGGUUUCGACAUCGUCAGCAUGAUGUUCUGCAUGCACUACGCAUUCGAGACCGAACAGAAGGCCCGCCAGAUGCUCAUGAACGUCUCCGGCGCAUUGAAGAAGGGCGGCCGCCUGCUGGGCUGCAUACCGAACUCCGACAUCAUCGGAGAGCAGGUCACCAAAUUUAACGAGCGCAUGGCCGCCAAGAAGGCGAACGCUCCUGCCGCUGAUGACGGUCCCCAGUCGGACGAUCGCGAGGAAGGCGAGGCAGAGGAGACGGCCGAGUGGGGCAACAAGCUCUACAGGGUGCGAUUCCCCGGCAAGACACCCGAGGACGGCAUCUUCCGACCUCCCUUUGGAUGGAAGUACAAUUUCUUUUUGGACGAGGCGGUGGAGGAGGUUCCUGAAUACGUGGUGCCCUGGGAGGCAUUCCGUGCCCUGGCAGAGGACUACAACCUUGAGUUGCAAUACCACGACACCUUCAAGAACAUCUGGGAGCAGGAGAAGGACGACCGCGUGUUAGGGCCCCUGAGCGAGCGCAUGGGUGUCCGCGAGCGCGGAGGUGGCCCCAUGUUGGUAUCACCCGAGGAGUUGGAGGUUGCCAACUUUUAUGUGGCUUUCUGCUUUUACAAGGUCUAG